AUGGGUACCACAAAGACCUCGUCCGCCUCGCCCAACGUUGCCGAUACGAUCUACGCUCUUUCAACGGCGCAGGGGCGGGCUGGUAUUGCUGUCGUCCGCAUUUCUGGCCCAGCUUGUCUUGAGAUCUACAAAGCCCUGUGCCCGAGCAAAGCGCUGCCCAAGCCAAGAUACGCCUCCGUCCGAACACUCUACCACCCACAAGAACCCUCCACCGUGCUCGACUCGGAAGCUCUGAUACUACAUUUCCCCGCGCCGAGGACCGUGACGGGCGAGGACGUCCUCGAACUCCAUGUGCAUGGCGGCCCGGCCACCGUCAAGGCCGUUCUCUCGGCCAUCCCCUUGUGCGGUCGCCAGAUUCGCUACGCCGACCCCGGCGAGUUCACGAAGCGCGCCUUCUUCCAUGACCGGCUGGACCUCGCGCAGAUCGAGUCGUUGAGCGACACGCUGGACGCAGAAACGGAGCAACAGCGCAGGGCGGCCGUGCGCGGCAACUCGGGCGCCUUGGGCCGGACGUACGAGGCCUGGAGGGAGGAGCUGCUCCAGGCGCGCGGCGAGAUCGAGGCUCUGAUCGAUUUCUCCGAGGACCAGCACUUUGACGAGUCGCCGACAGACCUGCUGGAUAGCGUGACGGUGCAAGUCGAGAACAUGCUGCGUAGCAUCAGGGCGUACGAGGACGGGAGUCAGAGGAGCGAGCUCCUCCGGAACGGCAUUCGAAUUGCGUUGCUCGGCCCGCCCAACGUGGGCAAGAGCUCGCUCAUGAACCUCAUUGUAGGGAGAGAGGCGUCGAUCGUAUCGGGCGAGGCUGGCACGACGAGGGACAUUGUCGAGGCGAGCCUGGACAUUCGAGGCUAUCUGUGCUCGUUUGCCGACACAGCAGGCUUCCGCUCGGACGCGUCGGCUUCCGAGCACAACGGCCUGAACUCGGGCCCUGUCGGGGUGGUGGAGAAGGAAGGCAUUCGCCGCGCGCGGCAGAAAGCCGAAGAGUCCGACCUUGUCAUCGUGCUGGCCUCUGUGGAGGUCGGGCCGGACGGGCCCUUUAUAUACUACGACAAGGAAACGCUCAAGCUUGCAGCCGCUGCCGAAUCAGCCAUGGUGGUCAUCAACAAGGCGGACACGGGCCUGGACCUUGAGGAGCAGCUGGCAGCGUUCCGCCAGGUCAUCGCGCAGGAGGUCCCUGCGCUGACCAAGACAGGAGACCUGAUCACCAUAUCUUGCAAGGAGGCCCGGGUCCCACCACCCUUGGCGGCCGCGAGGCGCCACCGGGACCCUGGCCGCAUCCAGGCCGUGGUCAGCACCCUUGUGCGCGCCUUUGGCGCCAUGACGGAACUUCCCGUCGACAUGCAAGAUCUGCUUGGCGUCACGGAACGUCAGCGGCAGCUCCUGUCGCAGUGUCGCGGACACCUCGAGGACUACCUUGCCGAGGCCCAGGCCGAGGAGGGCAGGGAUGCUGACGCGGUGCUCGCGGCGGAACACCUGCGCUAUGCGGCAGAUUGCCUGGCGCGGAUCACGGGCAAGGGGGAGGCUGGCGAUGUGGAGGAUGUCCUCGGGGUCGUGUUUGAGAAAUUCUGUGUGGGAAAGUGA